AUGAAUGAAACAAUCAUGGCCGUCGGCUGCUGGUUGCCUGGUUACCAGUCCUGGGAGUGUGGCGGUGCUGCCAGGAGGUGGAGAGCAGCCAGACGUCUGAAUGAACUAGGAGUCAGUGAACGCUGCGCUUGCAGACUGCUAACAGGCUUUAUUCAAAGACACUAAACUUUAUUAAUAUUCACACAGAGGACAGAGCUUCUGCAGGAAUGUCAUCACGACCAUCAGUGUUAAAACUCACUCUGUAAUCAUAAUCUAACAUGUUGAACUUUGGCCCCUCACGUGUUCAUCAGUCAGACUUUAUUUUCCGUCAAAUAGGAGACAAGAAGGUCUGACUGUUGGCGUCUGAGACAGUGUUUGAUGAAGAGUGUCCCUCCUCAGCAGCUGUACUCUGCUCUGUGAUCACCUGCAGGACAUCCGCAUCUCUCUGCAGCCUGCGUGAUAUGUUCAGGUUCCGCUCUCCAUGAGGCGUUCGCUGACCUGCUGCUGCUGCACGUGAACCAUACCGCUCUGUUGACAUCCUCGGCCAAUGGGAGCUGCAGGAGGCUGAGAGGGCCUGUGAUUGGCUGCAGGCAGGAGUAGGGUGAGCUGACAUCAUCCCUGCUGUCGGUUUAGAACCCUGUAAGUGUGGAGAUACAGGGUUUCCUGCAGGAAUAACCAACCCCCCCCCCCCCACCUCGUCCUUGUCGUUUCUGUGCUCGGUCAUGAAUAAAUGACAGGGGGGUGAGGGGGGAGUGCUGAGUAGGGCUGCAGCCUCUCUACAUGCUGAUGGAGGACGAGGGAGGACAGAGGAGGGGGGGAUGGUGGGACAGGUGGGGGAGGGGUGAUGUAUCUGGUUUGUAUUCAGCUCUCAUCACCUGCAUGUCUGCGUCCACUCUGCUGCUGUCAACGCCAACAACAUACAACUAAACACAACAUACAACAACACUGAGGGUCACAUGAUCACAGCAUCAUAUACCAACAACAUCCACGAUCGCUCCAUUAUACAACCCUGAUCAGAGGACGCCCCCCAUCUUUCUAAGACCUAGUCCUGCAGAAAGACCAGAUCUUUUUUCUAUUAAGAGAACUGCCUGAACUGGAAAUCCCUCCACCUAAAUUGUUGGUUUGUUUCUCCUGCCUUUGAGCCUCUGUGUUCACUGGGUCUCUCUGUCUUACUCCAAUCGGUCACAGUAGUGGUGAGUCACAGCAGGCCUCAGUCAUAAGGGGCAUGCUCAUUCAGAAAUGAAUGAUGAAUUAACGCUUGUAAUAAAUCUUAACAUGCAAUCCAUUAAUAUCAUAUUUGAAAAUAUGUACAGUGGCCCUGAAGGUUGACAGCACAAAUAUUUCAGAAGGGCAAAAAAAAAAUACUCAAAAUUUUUUAAAGCACAAAAUUGAUGCUGAUUCGUGGCAACAAAUAAUUUACAUAACCUGAAAAUAUUUUACAAAACAUAAAAAUGUCAUAAACACAAGUACAUUUCUAAAACGCAAUAUUACGAUGUAGUAUAAUCUGAGUAAAAUCUAAAUAUAUAUGUAAUUUGUGAAUAAUUGGAUUGUACUCUCAGGCUAAUCUCUGUUAAUUUGAGAAUAUAUUGUGGAAUAAUCUGAGUAUAAACUCAAUAUACUUUUAUUUACUGUUAUUUAAGUAUAAAAUAUAACUAUGAAAUGAGUAAUAUCUGUGAGAAAAAAAAAGAAGACUAAUCUCAUUAUAAUCUAGGUAAACUAAUUGUAAUCUCGGUUGUUACUGUAUGUAAUCUACAUAAAAUUUACUGAAUGUAUCAUCCAAGUACAAUAUAAGUUUAAACUUGUUUAAUCACAGUAUAUGCUGAAAAUAGUCUGCGUAUAGAUUGGGUUUAAUCUGGUAUAAUCUGGGUAUUAUGUGAGUACAAACUUGUUAUUAACUGAGUUUAAAGGGGAAUUUAUCUGAGUAAAGGUUAAUAUAAUCUGGUAUUUUGAGUUUAAUCUGAUUUAAUAUUGGUAUGAAUUACUGAAAGUAUGAAUUUAGCAUACAUUUGUUAUAAACCGAGUUUACACUAAAAUGAUCUAAAUAUAGAUUAAGUAUAAUUUUGUAUAAUCUAUAAAGAUUUAGGUCAUAAUUGGUUGAAUCUGAUUUUAAAUUGCGUGUAAUUUUCAUCAUGAGUAGAAUGAGCAUACUUUAAGCACCAACUGAGUAUAGCCCGAGUAUAAUUUAGGAUCAAUUGAACAUAGUCUGAAUUUAAUCUGACCAUAAAGAAAAUGACCAGAUUAUAUUAAGUCAUCUCAGUUUUAUCUAAAUAUGCACUGAGUUUUAAUAAACUCAGUUUCAUCUGAUCCCAAACUUUGAAACUUUACUCGUUAUUCCGCUAAAUGUUUCCACGAGGACUAGUGUUCAUAUUUUUCCAUCUUAAUUUGGUUUGUUUUGGUAGGAAGUGACCAUAUUUGAAGCUGGAGGGAGGGGCUAACAAAGUAAUGUAAUUAGACCUCUUGAAUUGUCUGCUAUUUCUACACAGAGCAGCAGAUUAUCUAACUUUUAUUUUCAUAGACAAACCUCUCAAAGCCUCCAAAACCACCCCGACACAGAUCAGAAGUAAGGUUUUAGCUGGCGCGCCCCCGAUUAUCCAUAGCUAUGUUCUUUACUUUUAUAAAAACAAGUCAGAGUGUUUUCAUACCUAGUUGGAAAUGUGUUUUUUUCCGCUUAAAGUUUGACGUUGUAACGUGGCGCUCUGGAGGUUGACUUACCUCAGGAGACAGCCCCUAGUGGACACUUAAAGAUCUGUAGUUUUAAAUGGCUCAGUGUUGACUUGGUGGUGGCUUCUUGUGUCAGUUGAUGGUCCCACUGGGUAGCUGUUACUAUGGAGACAGGUGUCACAGUGGGGUCAGGCCCUCAUCCUGCAGCAUCAUCACCAGGGAGCAUCACUCUUAGAGUGUGGUCAGCGUUUCUCUCCAGAUUUAGUCUGAGUAGCACGUUACUCUGAAAAAGACAACAGGGUGAAAGAAUAAUGUGUGAGUGUGUUAGUGUUAAAACCAGAGAGACAGAUGGAUACAACUGCUGCUUAAUAAACUAUAUGUAACAUUCAGGUGUUGGUGAACGCAGCUCUGAUCUGUGGGCUCAUAUUAACCAAAACCUCAGCGCUUCACUUCAACACUCACUCUAGGGGCGGAGCCAGAGGUCUGUCUGUCUGCUGCAGAAGAUGAAUAAUUUAAAGCUGCAGAGGAAACACCCCUCUCUAUUGUCUUCAGUUAUGACCCUAAGGGGGGCGCUACAGGAUGCAUUCAUGUUUAGACUGUUACAAGUUUUUCAUUGUUUUGGUAACACAAGCUGACAUUAGGGAAGUAAAGCUAAACAAAGCUUUAGUAUACAGCUUUAGAGUAUAAAACAGUAUAUAAAAGAAAUAAAUGAGUUAUUGUCUCUAAGAAAUAAAUGAGUUAUUGUGACCACAGCUGAUAGAAGUUAAACACAGUCAUAGCACAAGUGUCACAGAUUACACACAACGACCCCAAACUGGAAACUGGAAAAACCACAAACAGAUUCCCUCCUGACUCCCACUAUAAAACACUUCCAUCUGAAGUCACCCCCACAGCCUCACUGAGGUGGAGGAAUCGAGAUUACAGCUGUAAGCUUUGAGACAGACCCACUCACAGUCACAGUCACAGAAGCAGGAACUUUCUGUAACCAUGGUAACAUGUCACACAAAUGAUAAACAGUUUAUAUAAAUAACCAUUUAGCUGACUCACAACCCACCGAGGUGUCCUCAGUCUUAUUCCAUGGUAUCUCUUUUAUCGUCUGAUGUUUAUGAUGUACUUUCUGUUCAAACACCUCAUCGUCAAAGACACGUGCAGCGUUUGCGGCAGCGCAGUUUGCUGUUCUGUGACUAUAAGUGGACACUGUGCUGAUUCUGAUGAUGAGUCAAACUGGUGACAGUCCAGGUCCAAGCAAUUAACUAAAUCUCAGAACUGCAGAGCAGAUAGUGAGUUCUAAUCCUUGACUCUAAUUCUUCGAUUCAGUGUUCAAUAUUUGCAGCUGACUGUGCCAGCAGAAUUUUACGAUCAUUUUGACUUUUAUUUUGAAAUUUGAAACUUAUCACUUCCGCCUGACACCUUACCACCUUUCAACUGUCUGACUGUGAUUAUAAAAAAAUAAAAAAGUCACUUAGCCCUUUAAUAGUUUAUUUCUGUCUAAAGGGUUAAAGGAGGCGACCAUAUGACUUUGUUUUUGGUUCGAAACCAUAAAACAAAUCCUUGAGACCUUUUCAAUAUUCAAUUCUAAACAGUUAAGGGAGAAAAGGAAACACCAGAAGAUGAAAAAACAGGCUACAAGUCAUUUAAAUUUUGGUUCAUUUGAUUCAGAUAGUAAAACAGAUUUUGUAUCUCUAGUUUUAAAAUGAAAAAGAAAAUAACUAUUUGGUUUCUAACCAGAGCCGGCCCAAGCCUCAAUAGGGCCCUGAGCAAAAUUAGAUUUUGGAGCCCUCUAUUUCUGCCAAUUAUAUUGAUUUUUGAUCAUUCACACUGCUUCACAAAUCUCUUCGAUUAACAUUCCAUGACAUGCAAAGAUACCUUUAUCUUGGCGUUUUUUUCUCUUCUUUCUCUUUCUUUUCUGUGCUCCUGAAGGAUAUGUCCUUUUUUGCGACAUUGUUUUGCCCCACAACUACCUGUUCUUUGGAUGCUCAAAUACAGAUUAAAUAUACUAAACAUCCUAUGAGAAAAAAGUUAGAUAUGAAAAAAGUGGGCUAUCUGCUGGUAGUACUAGUAUGAAAUGAGUAAUCAAUAUGAAAUGCGAAAUAUACAGAUGGGAUAAUAAAUUAACAAACAUUUUAAGGUGCUCAGUAAUAUGUUGGGGCAGGAGUUUUUUUUAUAAAUGGACUGUACAGCAGACAGAUGUGAGUCUCUGUCCGACAGAUGUGAGUUAUUGAAUAGUGCUAUUGCUUGUGGCAGGAAAGAUUUCCUGUAUCUGACUCUUCUGUGGGACAGAUAGAGGACAGAUUGCUGUGUGUAUGAUGUAAAAACAGUGUUUGAUUUGUAGGAACUGUGAAAAACUGACUGAUUGAUGGACAGUGAACUAAUCACACACACUUAACUGCAUAAUGCUCAGAGGCACUGUGGCAGGAGUUGAACCUUUCAGAGAGAGAGAGACGGAGAGAGAUGGAGGAUGCUGGAGUGAGAGAGUCACGUGACGCUCCCCGGCUCUCUGUCCAAUGGAAUGAAUGGACUGUAAAUAGGAACCAAUGAGAAGCAGGGGGCGGGUAUAAAAAGCUGAGCGCCGCGUUAAUCCGCAGCAGCAGCAGAGCGGAUCCUUCAGACCACAUCUCAGCCCACUGAACCGACAGGUAGGUUCACCUCUAAUCCGACCAAACACAGCCCUUUGAUCAGCUCAUCGAUACAGGUUAUCACUGAAUGAUGCAGAGAGAGGUGCGCGCUGCGGUGAUGAGACAAACCUGAGGGUGUAAAUGAGACGGUGGGUUAAAGGAACAAAGAGGCAGGCUGCAGGCUCUCCUGCCGUCUGUUUGUUUAUUUGUUUGUUUACUCUUGUUUAUGAGUUGUUUAUGGUCUGUCAGAGGUGCAGAGAGCCCGUCUGCCCCUCUGUCCGUCUGCCCCUCUGUGUCUCUGCAUCCAAACGACCUUCAGUCCGUCCUGUCUGCAGGUGUUGCGCAGUCAGCAGCGCACGGACGCAGAUCUGCGGCUCCUCUGCUGGAUCCUGUCUGAUGAAGAGCACGCGACCUUUUUAAAAAAGACCACGCUCGACGCGUGAAGAAGGUCUGAAGCCUUAAAUGAGCAGGUCGGAACAAAGGGCCCUCAAAUAAAUCCACCUUAAAUCCAGUCAGGCGUAAAGGGAGCCGUUAAUCUGCAUUAGGAGGACAGAGUGUGCGGCAGCAGCGCGACUGUGUGCACUCUGCUCCUUCGUGCCAUGAUCUGAUUAUUGAUAAUUGAUUGAUCUCUUAGUUUCUGUCUCCUUCCAGCCUCUUCCAGCUUUUUAUCACCGUGUGUAAAUGGAGCCAACUGCGCAUGCUCACGGCUGUUUGUUCAUAAUCCUAUUUGAUGACAGAGCAGCGUUCCAGCAUCAGUAAAUAAACCGUGGAGCUCUCGGUAAAAUCCCGGGCAUGUCCUGGUCGGGACGAGUCAAACCCGGUUCUGAUGGACUCCUGAAGGUGACCGGGGCGUCGCGGUACUGCGGCCGCGCUUUGAGGGGUUAAUCCCGGCCUGCUGCUGCGUCACCGCGGCCUCCCGCAGAUCCUAAUCAGCCUGAGUCCCGUUGAUCCCCCAAGACCCGAGCCGAGCCGAACUCAUCCGAGUGGGGUCACACACCGAGACCUCUGCAGGGGGGAUGGGGGAGUUAGGGUGUCUAAUAAACUGGUCGAUUAAUUGAUUAUCAUUGUUUUUUUUUGUGUUAAUCUCAAUACUAAGAUGAUUAAAAUUGUGAAACAUGCUGCUGCAGAUUUUACUUUUUGUCCCACCUCGGUUGAGUCACUGUAUUCUUUCUUACAGAUUUAUGAAUAAAACAUUUUCAAAUAACGUGAUGUAAUUUAACCUUUCAAAAUAAAUCACAUAAUAUUUAAUUUAUUUCAAUCCUGGGACAGUUUAAGCACUUCUAACUCAUGUUUUUUAAUACUUUUGACUAAAAUGAAUGUGAAUUAUCUGAGCUCUUCAUCAGAACCUGUGGUUUUAAUUAUUUAGACUUUAAAUUUUUGUGAAAUAUUUUAAUUUAGCCAGAAAGUGUGAUGUUUGUUGUAUCUGUGUAAAAAUAUUCUGGUAUUUUGAUUUAAAAUCAAAAUUAAAAACAAGGGUAAAGUAUAUGCAAUGGAGAAAGUAAAAACAGAAACUUCAUAUAUUUUAAGUCUGAUUCUUUAUAUUUAUAGCCUUAGAUUUAUUGUAAUUGUGUAAACUGGAAGCUUACAUCGAGAUGCGCAUGCAGCUUCAGUCAUGAUUGGCCGCUGAAUCUUCAAAGAAUCGUACUCCAAUAAUUUAAUCCUUUUAUUACUGCAAAGACUUUUUGGACAGACACACCUUCCCUAGUGGCUUCUGGCAAUCAAGCAGUCACAUACGGGUGACCUCAUUUGUAUUCAGUAACAAACACGACGUCUCCAUACAGAAUAAUGGGAUUGUGUAUGGACAUUAAAACCCCCCAAAUAUAGUAGAAUUUGAUUAAAAUGUCCAAAAAAGUACUUCAUUGUUCUUUACUUUAUUCAAACUUGUAAAAUAAGAUCUGUCUUCCUGGUAAAAAUGUUUCAGUGUGGUCCUGCUGCUUCUACACCGGCUUCAGCUUGAGACACCUUUUUUCUUUUAAAGAUAAGAUUUCAGAAAGAUGGGAUGUAUGAGGACAGAGAGAGGAAAUGAAAAGCACCAAAUAACAAUGUUAUCAGUCUCUAUAAAUGGGGCACACAAUCUGCCAAACCACACCCUGAUUUUCAGACACCAAUAAAAUGAAUGAAAGGUUUUACCACAUUAAAGUGUCUUUGUGUCAUGUUUCUGUACUCAGGUCAGCCCAGACGUCAUCAUGCCUUUCGGGAACACCCACAACAAGUUGAAGAUGAACUACUCCUCUGAGCAGGAGUACCCUGACCUCAGCCAGCACAACAACCACAUGGCCAAGAUACUUACACCUGAGAUGUACGCCAACCUGAGGGACAAGGAGACGCCCAGCGGGUUCACCCUGGACGAUGUCAUCCAGACAGGUGUUGACAACCCUGGUAAGAAACCUUGAUAAGUGAAAACUUCAGUAACCAGGUUCAAUCCAGACAAGUAGCAAGACUAUAUGAUUGGGGUGACAAACGUUGGACCAGAUAACAGUACUGGAAAGGUUUGACCUAAUGUAACUGUGAGGCUCAGAACCAGGUAACAACCUGAGCAGGUGAGACCUGUAGUAACCAGGUUCAGCCCUAAAAGCCUGAAAACAAUCCCUGUAAACCAGGAAGGAUUAACUACUACAACUGAGGAAACAAACUUAGACCUGAACUUUCAAACCAGAUAAGAAGAGUUGACUAUAAUUAACUAGGUGUGUCCCUUAGAACAAGGUGACAGGCCCUUAACCUGGUAACACUCCCACCAAAUCAGCAAAAACAGUUAACAAUUUCCCUUUCAAACUAGGUAAAACCUUCCCCCUAAGGUCAUACCCCUUAACCAGGUAACACCCCUCUUAAAUCAGGUAAUACCACAUAAAACCAGGAUAUGCCCCUCUGAACCAGGUUACAUCCUUCCAUCACAGGUGACACCUUCCCCAAACCAGGAAAAAAGCAGCCAACAGUCCCUCACCCCUUUAUAAAGCAGAUAAUACCCUCCACCCUUCAAGCCAGGUUAUAUCCCGCCAAGACAGGUAACCCCCCCCAAAAAACAAAAAACAAAAAACAAACAAAAAAAAAUGGUAAGUCCGCUUGAAACCAGGUAUCAUGCCCCAAACCAAUAAUUCACCUUAAAACCAGGUAAUACUUAGCUCUCCCCUAUAGCAGGUAACCCCCUCUCCAAACCAGGUAACUCUACCCCCAAACCUCAAACCAGGAAAUACCAUGAAACAAUCACCUUGCCAAACCUGAUGAUGACCCCAGCCCCUUAAACCAGGUUACACUCCUCCAACUUAGGAAAUACCAAUUAAAACCAGCUAACCCUCCCAUAACAAGUCAUACCUUCUCCAAAAUGGUCAACUCCCCCAAACCAGUAACGACCUUCCAAACUCGGUAACACCCUCCCUUCAAACUGGGUAACACUCCCCCAAACCAGUAACACCUUUCCCCUCUUCCAGACCCUUGACACAGAAGCCAAGCAUCUUACCUUACUGACCAUCAGGUAUGACAGGUUACCCCACAAAUAAACCGUAAACCCUUGAGCAACUCUGCCUCUUAUCUUGGUAAGGGUGUUAACCACACUAGCAACCUCUCACCUGGUCCAGGUGAGUCCUGUUGUUUUUGUUGUUCACCUUCACUCAGAGAUGGUCUAUUCUAGAUUUCAGCCACUGCUUGAUAUAAACUUGUUAAUUGGAUUGACUCGUUAGAUCAGGUUAAUUUUACUCGUUAAUUCCUCAACAGGGAUGUGACGUGUGCAUGCCGUCUGAUCCCAUGAUCCUCCUCAUCAAAUCCAGCUUGAUGGAUUUAGCAGCAUUUGUACAAACCCUCUGUCACACGACGCUAUUCAGAUAUCAAGUCACAGUACACAAAAUACAAAACAACACACCUUAAGACAUCAGAGGAGUAAAAUUCGACAAAAUGAUCUUUCCUAUUCUAGUUAAUCUGAAGUGAAAUUCAUGUUGUGUCCCUGCAGGUCACCCUUUCAUCAUGACGGUGGGCUGUGUAGCUGGAGACGAGGAAACAUAUGAGGUGUUCAAAGAGCUGAUGGACCCCGUGAUUGAGGACCGCCACGGAGGGUACAAGCCAUCAGACAAACACAAGACUGACCUGAACUCAGACAACUUGCAGGUACACAACAGCCUGGAGGUGCUCUACCAAAAACAGACCCAACCCCUAAUGCAUGAAGGGAAACCCACAAAAACCAAACCAAGACAACUGCAGUUUAACAAACAACCGACUUCAACAGCCUGCAGGUCAACAACCAAAAAGAGACCCCUGUUCUGAAAACCUGCUGGUGAACUACUAAAAAACAAUUUAGACCAGCUCUUGCAACCUGAAGGUAAACCACCAACCUAAACUCUGACAACAACCAAGACUGAUUCCAGUCCAGAAAACUAUUUGGUACAAAACUAAGCCAAACUCUGAAAAGUAAAAAAACAAUCAAAAUUGACACACUUUGAGUUUAAAACCAAAAAUACCUAAAUCCUGACAACCUGCCGGUAAGCCGCCUAAUCUGACCCAACCUUAAAAGUGCAGGUAAAUGAACAAUAACCAAACCGCAACAACCUUUAGGUUAACAACCAAGAAUUAUGCUGAUUUUUGAAUCCUGCAGGUCACUCUGAAACAACCUGACCAUGUUCCCUAAAACACAAAAUUUGGGCAUCAGUCAAGUUCAGUGGUUAGAAUGAAGAGCUUCAAUCGGUCCACCAAACCAUUUUUUUAAAUUUAAACGAUGUCCUAAUGUCCAAGUAAAGAAAUAAAAAAAAAUUGCUGGUAACCAGGCAAGAGUCCACCCCUACCCUAAAAACAAGCAGGAAAACCAAAGUAACUGACAAGUAACCAAUGACAACUCAACCCCAACCCUAAAAUACCUGCAGGUAGCUAACAACAACCUGACCAUAAACCCCAAAACCAGCAUGUAAACCAACAAAAACCUGGCUCCCACCUUCAGAACCUGCAAUAUCUAAGAGCAAAUUUACUCGGGUAACUCGACUAAAACCUGUCCCAACCCCCAAAGCCUGCAGGUAUCCAAUAUGUAGCCUACUGGACCCCAAGCCUAAAAAUCUGCUGUUAAAUUAAUAAAAACUCGACCCCUGACUCAAAAGCCUGGGGGUUAAAUCACAAAAACCUGACCCCCAGCCCCCAAAACUUGCAGGUUAACCAACGAGAUCCCAACCCAGACCGUAAAAGCCUCUCCUUUUGACACCAACAACCUGCCGUGGAAUCACUAAUAACCAAGUGUUUAGCUGGAUUAUCAUGAGUCCGUCUCUUUCACCUUUGGUUGUAGAGUCGUGUCCUUGAGGGAGCAGCCAUUUUGUCCUAUAAGCUCCUAGUAGCUGAGCUGACAUCUUGUUGUGUGUCUUGCUUAUCACCUGCUGUGCCAGGUCUAAACUGGUCUUGUUACUCUCCCUUUUUGGAAAGUUUAAUAAGCUAGCAGAGGAAGGUUCUGAACUAUGCCAGAUUCUUUGUCCUCAAAGUAAAACUUAACAUAAACCAGCUUCUGCCUCCAGUGAUAGCCUUGGUUGUGGUUUAGGUCCUGGUCCCAUUUGGGUGUCUUCAGUUUGGGUUAUGAUGUGCAUGUUUUUUGUUGGGUUUUAGGGUGGAGAUGAUCUGGAUCCAAAUUACGUCCUGAGCUCCAGGGUUAGGACCGGGAGGAGCAUCCGUGGCUUCUGUCUGCCUCCCCACUGCAGCCGUGGAGAACGCCGUGCCAUCGAGAACCUCUCAAUUGAAAGUACGCCAUCACUUUCAAUCAGUCUGCCCCCUGACAGUAGAGAGCCAAAAUUCAGUUCCUCUGCCCCUCACAGACUAUCUGAGGCUAAAUGACAGACGAUUGUGUAGUUUUUAUUAUAUUACCUUUACCCUAGAAUGAUCACCCCAGUAUUCAUUACAGUCUAGAUUAAAUUUUACAGUAAAUCACUGUAUGAAGUCAGUCUAGGCGGUGGUCUCUGCACCAGUCAGUGUGUUUUUUGUUGAUUUCCAGGCUGAGCUUCACUUUAUUAAACCUUCCUGUGUAAACACUGACGGUGCAUUCGGGGACACUCUGUAGAUGGAGGUGUUUCUCCUCCCGCUGACUCACCAAGGCAGAGGAGGAACACAGUCUUCUACAGUCUGCUUUUACUGAGACUGCAGCUUUAUUUAGAUAUUCUCCCAUCAUGCCUCAGUGAGCGUGUCAGUGAACGCAGCACUCUGUUAUGUAAUUGUGAGCUGUGAGCCGGCCUGCUGAGACUCUUAAUGAGGCUCAAUCUAAAACCUCUUUCAUAUUCAAAUCAGACUGAAGAGAGUCCAACUGAACUAGACUGAACUGGACCAGCAGAUGGGGUUUCUGGCGCCCCCUGCUGUCUGAGAGCAGCACAACACACAGAUAUUUUAAGAUUUUUAAAAACUUGAGUGCGUGCUGCAGCUCUAGCGGACUAAAUAAUUCAUGUUUUAGAGAGGGGAGCAGUUUCCUUUUAAACAAAGACCAGACUUCUUUAAGAUCAGCCCACCUUAAAAAAAAUACAGAUUUUUUUUACUGUGAAAUUAAAUGAUAAAUGUAUUUUUUUAAACAAAGCACCAGGUUCAAAUAGUCAUGUCUGUUUGCAGUCAUAUACAGCUUCAUUUGAAAGUCUCUGUUGUUUUUUAUAAAAAUAGAAUGUUAAUGAUAUUUUUAUAUAAAAGGUUUCCUUAGGAGUAAUUUUCUUUUUUUCUUUAUCUCACACAUGGAAUCUUUUUCACAUACCUUGACAUGUUUCAGCUGAAACUUCCGUCUUCCUCAGAAGUGUCACUUGGUGGUAGGUGUGACACGUCAUAUCUAUGGUCAUAUCACUUCUGAGGGGGGCGGAAGUUUCUGCUGAAACAUGUCAAGGGACGUAAAAAAGAUUUAAUGUCUGAGAUAAAGGAAAAAAGAAAACUAUUCGUAAGAAACUGAAGACAUAAAAGGUUUUCUGUCUUUAAGUUCCACUGAUCUGUGAUAUGUGUGUUUCAGCUCUGAGUUUUGACUUUAAGAAAGCACGUACCUGUCAGACUGUGACAAUUUUGUCCCUGAGUGGUGUCAGAUUUUGAGUUUACGAAAUCUAAAUGCUGAAUAAUAAUUCAAAAUGUUAAAUGUGUGUGUAUUCAUUUUAUAUGUCAAAUCUUAUAUCUAUAUGUUUACUUCAGAUUUAAGAUGCAAAAUACCACUUAAUAUUUAAGGUAUGAAGUGGUAAAACUACACGUUAAUUUUAAUUGUUAAAUGAAAGUUAUUAAUCUAUUAUUUAAUUUUAACUGUUAAAUGUAAUAGUUUAUUUUUUCUUGAGUUUUAAAGUUGAAUAAACAUCUGAAUAUUACUUAAAAUGUUAAAUAUAAAAACUAAAUGUAAAAUCUAAAAUGUUGAUUGGCAGUGAAUAUUAAAUUCAUAUCUACUACUGCUUUAAAUGUAAAAUGAAAUCUAGAUAUUAAAUGAAAUCUAAAUAUUAAUCCAUUUUUUUUUGCUUGAAUAUGAUUUAUAUUUUAAAAAUGUCUUUAUUAGACACAGCAUAAACAAAGGUGUUCGGGGGAAGGUGGGUUGCAAAACGGUUUUGGAGGAAGUAGCAGGGAAAGGGAAGCUAAAGCCGUUCAAACAGAACGCCCAUUUUGACUCUAAGCUUUGAUUCAGUUCCUGGAUCACCUUAAAUCACUUUUUGAACCCUGAGAAAUUUAUGUCUUAAUGGGCGAAGUUUAAAAAAUGUGUCUCCCUGUGUGUCUUCAGGUCUGGACAGCCUGGAAGGAGACCUGAACGGGAAGUACUAUGCUCUGAAGAACAUGACGGAGGAGGAACAGCAGCAGCUGAUCGAUGACCACUUCCUGUUUGAUAAGCCCGUCUCCCCGCUGCUGCUGGCAUCCGGCAUGGCCCGUGACUGGCCCGAUGGCCGUGGAAUCUGGUGAGUACACCUGCGAUCGUGUCAUACGGUGUGACUGAGUUGUAACCGCUAGUUUUUGAAAGGACCCAGUACUGGAGUCUUAAAAAGUGCAGUUCCUUGAGUGUCCACUAGAGGCUGCCUGUAAAGUGAGUCAAUCCCCAUAGAGCCCUAUGUUAAAGAGCAGUUUUGGUUUGUGUUUGUGACAACUGUACAGGCUGAAUUUGUAAGGAUCUCGCCUGUUUACAUCAUAGGAUCAACGUCAUGUAUAAUUAGGGGCGUGGCCUCUUUGAAUGACAGGUGUGUACAUUGUAGCUAUUGGCGAGGCUCCACUUCUUUGCUUGCGUCUAGAUAACCAGUAAGGCCUUUAGGGCCCCUCCUCAGAACCGAUAGGUGAUGUUGCUAAAACUAUCGACAAGCGUAUAUAGAAUAUAAGUGUGAUGUCACUUCCUGUUUCCUGUUUAUUCUUCCCUCUCGCCAAAAGGCACAACGACAACAAGACCUUCCUGGUUUGGGUGAACGAGGAGGAUCACCUGCGCGUCAUCAGCAUGCAGAAAGGAGGGAACAUGAGGGAGGUGUUUACCCGCUUCUGCACCGGCCUCACCAAGGUAACUCCUGCACUACAGUACCUGUUUCACUUCCUGCAUGACCCUGUAACAUCACAGGGACUUCCUUACCUGCCUGUAUGUCUUUCUCUCUCUCUCUGUAGAUUGAGGGUCUGUUCAAGGACCGAGGUCAUGAGUUCAUGUGGAACGAACACCUGGGCUACGUCCUCACCUGUCCGUCCAACCUGGGGACCGGACUCAGAGCCGGAGUCCACGUCAAGCUGCCCAAUGUCAGCAAGCACGACAAGUUUGGAGAGGUCCUAAAGAGGCUGAGACUGCAGAAGAGAGGCACAGGUAAACACAGACACAGGUGAACACAGACAGGUAGACACGGGUAGACACAGAAAUAGGUGAACACAGACAGGUAGACACCAACACAGGUGAACACAGACACUGGUGGAAACAGACAGUUAGACACAGGUAGACACAGACACAGGUGAACACGGACUGGUAAACACAUUAAACAGAUAAUUAUAAGAACAAGUUAAGAGACAGGCAGGAAAAGGAUAAGAUAAGAUACACCUUUUAUUAGUCCCACGGGGGGAAAUUCCAAGGUUACAGCAGCAUAAAUACAAAUGCAAAAGAAAAUUACAGGAUAAAGAAACUUACAGUCAUAAAAAAAGAUAUAUACAUGAGUAAGUGGGUGAAUACUGGUGGAUAUACAGGUAGACAAAGAGAGAGGUUUUUGCAGUAGCAUGAAGAAGAUGGGCAAAGAGAGACAGGUAAAAUACAGGUAUUAACCAUAGACUGUAUAUACAAUGAUACAUAUACUGUAUAUACUCCUAUAUACUUCUAUAUACAGUCUAUGGUAUGAACCCAAGUGAACCUGCGGACACGUAAACAGUAACAUACAGACAGGUAAACUCACUGACAGGAAAACAGAAAGACAGGAAAGUGACUGAUGGGCGAGCAGUAGUAGAUUAGCUAGUCACUGAGUGGGCCAAUCAGAAUGCUGUGUCGCUCAGUCUCCAUGGAGACAAAGUUGAAAUGGAAUAACAAAAACUUCAAAUUAAAAGCCUUUUUUUAAAAAGAUUUUUUGUCUACUUUUUAAAAAAUAAAUGAUUAAUUUCCUAUAAAGUUUAAAAUUUCUUUAAUGUGAUAUAAAUUAAUCUAACUGUGAUUGAUUUAAAAAAGAAAGUUUUUAGUUGUUUUGUUUGGGGUUUACGUAAGGUGGGGUCAUUCUUUGUAUUUUUUAUGACCUUAUUGAUACAAGCAUUCACUUUUAAAGGAUUAAACUGAACUCUGUCCUUUAGAAACUAAUCUGUUUUAUCAGGUUACAAUGAUCGUCAGGUUUUUCAGAUUUGUAGAGGGAUAGACAUCAGAAAAGAAACCUCUAAGAGCGAUUAGUAAUGUCUGAUCUCUAUAUACAUGAUAAAACGUGACUGAUAAAAUAUGGUCUGAUAUUACUUUCAGGUGGCGUUGACACAGCGGCGGUGGGCGGAGUCUUUGACAUCUCAAAUGCGGACCGUCUGGGCUUCUCAGAGGUGGAGCUGGUGCAGAUGGUGGUAGAUGGAGUCAACCUGCUGGUGGAGAUGGAGAAACGUCUGGAGGGCGGAGAGAGCAUCGACGACCUGAUGCCCGAGCAGAAGUGAACACGGUGCUCGUGAUCUGACACUUCCUCCACCUACUCAACCCCUUCCUCCUCCUUCUCCUCCACUCCCCUUUCUGACCCCUCACCCCCCCCUCACUGUAUUAAUGAGCCGUCCUGAAGCUGCGGGACGUUUAGAGCCGCUCAGUUAGACUUCAGUCUUCCAACAUGUGAAGAGUUUUCUAUUUCCUGUUGGACUCAUCUAACACCUGAUAUACCUAAUAAAGUCUGUGUGGCCCCAUACACACCUGCUGCUCACCUGUCCUCAUUCUACACACACACACACACACACACACACACACACACAGGUUAAACGGAAACACGCUGAAAUAUCUUAGAGGUGACCAGAAAUCUGAAAUCAAAUAAAAACAGAAGAUCAAAAAUCAGGCGUAAGAUCAGCCUCUAUGACACCUGAAUGAUAUCAUUCCUCUGUACCUGUCUGUUGCAGCCGUGGAAACAGUUUGUGUAGUUAUUAAUAAAGAUGUUAGACUCACAGUGAG